GGAAAGUCUGACCAUCACUGAUGUAGAUCAGAGCAGGAAUUCUGUAUGUUUUACCAUCCCCUUGCUGGAAUAAUGCUGUUCGUGCAGGCGAUAACAGCUCACUAAAGGGGAUGACAGGACAUGGGAUUUACAAAUUUGAAAAUGAAGAAAGUUACCCAUCAAAUUGCUUCCCAUCAAGAUCAUAUUUUCAUCCAAGAAACGAAAGGGCAGGACACUGGCUAGUAGCACACCGAAAUACAUUGGAAGAGGGAAUAUCAAAAAGGAAAAAAGUUUCAGGAUCGUGUUUCGAAGUGCACUCUGGGAAACAUGAAAAGGGAAGAACAAAGAGUGCAAGCAGGACUUUAGAUGCUCAACUUUAAUGCUUUCACAUUAAUUACACUGCAUUGUGUGGAUAAGCCCUCUGACCUCUGUUCUGUUAACAUCAGUGGCCAGCAUUUGCAAAUGGUCAAACUUGAGGGUUUGGACAAAUUUGAUCAGAUUACUUACAUAAAUGCCUCUGAUAACCAUUUAACUUUAGAGCCUUUUAAAAGGUUUCCUGCACUAAGAGAAUUGGAACUAUCACUGAACAGUCUCCAUAAAUUUGAUAUUCACGCUGAAGAAUUCCAGAGAUUGGAGGUUUUGGAUUUAUCUUUCAAUAACAUAUCAGGAGAAAGUAUAUUAAAUCUAGGCCUGUUAGCACGUCUGAAGGUGCUUCAUCUAACUGGAAACCAACUGCAGAUGCUUCCACCUAAUAUGGCUGGACCUUGUACCUGCCCUGGAGAGAAGAGCCCACAACAGGGUACCUUGCUAUUUCAAAAACUUGAAGUAUUGAUGCUUGAUGAGAACAAAUUAUCAUCUCCAGGAGUGUUUAUGAGUCUUGCUAAUUUACAAAGGCUUUGUCAUCUAAACUUACAAGGAAAUUGCAUCUCAGGAGUCCCAUUCUUGGAACAAACGGCAACAUUACGAGAUGACAAAACAAAUGACAAGAGGAUAAAGUUCUCUGAAAUCACCAUGAGCCAGCAAAAAACAGAAAAAACUUUGGAAAAGGACAAAGCAUGUCUUGAAAUACAUUCUGGUCCCUCAAAAUACUGUGAUGAUCAGAGAAAGGAGGAUGGAAGCUCAAUGGAUCUCCGUCGGCGUCCACCUUUUCAGGAACUUCGUCAUCUGAUUUUGGCCAACAAUGAGAUAGCUGAGGAAGAAGCAUUGUUGCCUGUGGCAUUGUUUCCAAAGCUCAAUGAGCUUGUUAUUCACUCAAACCCCUUGACAACACAGAGAAGUGGCGACCCACCAAUGCUGACCUAUUUUCUUCAAGACAAGCUGGGCAUUAAGAUAAGGCGCAAAAUCACAACGGAUCGCAUUAAGCGACAUAUUAAACUCCCUAUCAAUCCUAAAAGAAAGGUGAAAACUACAAUUCCAAACAUACCAAAAUUUCCUUCGAUCAUGGAAAACCAACAUGCUACAAAACCACUCUGCCCAAAGAAAUAUACUGGAGAAGAAAGUCCUCAACCCUCAGAGUAUGGGUUAAUGCAUGCAUUUGGCUUAUCGUCUCAAACGAGCAUUGAAGACGAGGAAGACAUUGUCAUGGGCCAGGAGCAUUUAGACUUGCCAAGUGCAGACAUAUCCUUUGAGGCGAAUCAAGAUGCAGAGCCGUUCUUUGUAACAGAGAUUAAUGGCCCAAAUCAAUCUGAAUACCAAGAAGAGCUGGAUUAUCCAAAGCCUGGAAAUGAAAUUAUUUCCAGCCUGGAAAUGAAAGCCAGUAAAGCAUGUCCAGUAAAACUGAUUGGUUACGAAAUCUUACUUGAUGACACAUCUGAGCCAGAAAUGCCUGAGAUUUCUGGAAUUCAACAUGCCGUAAGGAUUUUGGAGCACACACUCAAGAACCUGCUUGUCUAUAGAGAUUCUAAAGCAAAUCUGGACCUUCCUCAGAAGCCGUACGCCGAAAGAGAGAAAAGGAUUAGAAAUCUGCCGCCUUUGAGACCUAAAAAGUCAAAGGGAGAAAAAGUUGAAGAACUUCUUGCCCAAAUAAAGGAGGCGAAAACAAUAAGCAAAGUUCCCUUUGAUAAUGUACUCAAAGGAGGGAAUGAUAUUUGUAAGAGAGAAUAUAAAGAAGCACUAACUCUGCUGAAGGACAUGAAAAGGAAGUACAGGACGGCCCAUUUGAAAAGAGUGGAACAAGCAAAACAGAUUGAGACUGAGAAGACGUAUUCCCUUUGAGGGAUUGCCUCAAAUAAUCACUUUUCACUUCAUUAAUUAACUUUUUUUUUUUUUUUAAUAUGGUAAGAGUUGGGCUGUUUUGUCUUUUGAGUGUUUUGACACAAUAAAAUUAAUGUUUGGUCAUUUGCAGAAAGUAUACUUUAAAAGAAAUUAUCGAUAUUUUUACCUGAAAUAUUUUAGCAUUUGUCAUUAUGGAAUGUAAAUGUUUUGAAAGGUGAAGAAAAGAAAUGGGAACAAAUUAAAAUAUAUAUUAUAUUUUAUAUUAUAUAUUAUAAAUUGAAUAUAAAAUUGAUUGUAACUCAGUGAGUAGUUUUUUAUAUACCAUUGUCAAUUUGAAGGUUAAUAUAUUUAGAACAGGACCAACAAUAAAACAUAGUUUAAUGUAUAACAUAACAUAUAUCAGGAUAAUAACAGAUUUCAUUAACUCAGAAUGUGCAUUAUACUAAUAGUGUGCAGCAGUUUGCUUAAAAAAAAAAACAUUAACAAAGGCUAAGCUACUCCAGAAAAUAAU